AUGGGAGAGAUCCGAACCUCAAAUCCGAAUGGUGCAAACCACGCCAGCGCCUCCUUGGACUCGUCGGUCAUUGCAGGUCAAGACGAUCCACCUCCUAUAGCGGAACCAUCAAAUGGCGCCGUAGAGAAGCUUCAAUAUUCUCACACACUAUCUGGCCAGCAAGUCGCUGAGAUCCUCACUACGCAUAUCGACCAUGGGCUCAGCUGCGAAGAUGCUGCCUCACGGUUGACCCAUGAUGGCCCGAAUUCUCUCAUGGCCGCUAGGGGCCCAACCAUCUACGAGAUUUUCCUCGCCCAGGUUGCCAACGCCUUGACUGCCGUGCUAGUCGCUGUUGCUGUCUUGUCUUUUGCUAUUCAAGACUACAUCGAGGGAGGCGUUGUCGUGGCUGUCAUCGUCCUCAACGUUGUUGUCGGUUUGGUCCAAGACUACCGCGCGGAACAGACAAUCCAAUCGCUUUAUGCUCUAUCUACGCCUGAAUGCAAAGUUAUUCGCAGUGGCGCAAGCGAUGUCGUUAAGGCGGAAACGCUCGUCGUCGGCGAUCUUGUUGUCCUUGCAACGGGAGACAUUGUUCCCGCGGAUCUCCGUUUGGUUCAAAGCGUUAAUCUCGCCAUGGACGAAGCGAUUCUCACUGGAGAAUCACUCGCAGUGAGUAAAAGAUCCGAGAAUGUCUUCACUGAUGCCGAGAUACCCAUUGGCGACCGGAUCAACCUGGCCUACUCCGGCAGCGCUGUCACCCGCGGCCGAGGUUUAGGUAUCACCAUCGCUACCGGCAUGAGGACAGAAUUCGGUCAGAUCGCCCAGCUUCUCCGCAAGAAGCAGGAUGCCGGCACUUCUAGUGUCACUCAAGUUUUCAUCAAAGCUUGGGACACUAUUCGCAGAAUCAUCGGCUUGAAGGGAACACCUUUGCAGGUCACUCUGAGCAAGUUCGCUUUGCUUCUCUUCGCGUUUGCGAUCAUCCUUGCUAUUAUUGUCUUCUCAGCUAGUCUCUGGAAGAUUGAUGACGAGGUCCUGCUCUACGGCAUCUGCGUCGGUGUUGCCGUUAUCCCGGAGUCCCUCCUCGCAGUUCUCACUCUUACUAUCGCGGUCGCGACCAAAGAGAUGGUUCGAGGCAACGUUAUUAUUCGGCAGAUGCCUUCUCUCGAAGCAGUGGGCGGCGCCACGAACAUCUGCUCAGAUAAGACCGGUACCCUCACCCAGGGUUGCAUGAUUACCCGUAAAGUGUGGCUCCGUGAAAGCUUGGAGGGCUCCGUUGUGGGUGUUGGUGACCCCCACGACCCAGCGAGCGGAUCAGUGUCUUGGUCUGGACCACUCCAUGGCAGCUGCUUCGACACCUUUCUGUCCGCCUUGGCACUUUGCAACAAUGCUACCGUCACCGACGAGAAGCACGAGAUAAGAAUGGACUCAAGCAGCAUUACCACAGCCAGCAGCGCCGAGUGGAAAGCUAUCGGCGAGCCCACUGAGAUUGCGCUCAAAGUGUUCGCUCUGCGCUACGGCUGGAACCGGGACGCUUCGGAUGAGCUAACUGUCGAGCACCCGUUUGACUCGUCGACCAAGCGUAUGAGCGUCGUCUACGGGUCACGCAAUGUCUACGCCAAAGGCGCCGUGGAGAUGCUGCUGCCUUUGUUGAAGGAGAGUGAGGAUUUCAAACAGCAGAUUGUCACCAAGGCAGAGGAAUUGGCUGAUCAUGGUUUGCGAGUCAUAUGUGUUGCAACUAAGUCUAUGGAUGAUAACUCUGAAGAUGUCGAAGAUCGUUCUAAGGUUGAAAAGGACCUUCAUUUCCUUGGCCUUGCUGGCUUAUACGACCCGCCCCGCCGAGAGACUGCCGGUGCUAUUGCGGCCUGUCACGGCGCCGGAAUCAAGGUGCAUAUGGUGACCGGUGACCACAUCAAGACGGCCACCUCGAUAGCUGUUGAAAUUUGUCUCUUGCCCAGUAAUGUUCCAUUGCGCCCCGGCCUCGUCAUGGCGGCCUCAGAUUUCGCCAACCUCUCGGAUGAGGAAGUCGACGCCAUGGAGAGCCUGCCGAUCGUCCUCGCCCGGUGCAGCCCCUUCACCAAGGUCCGUAUGAUUGAGGCCCUGCACCGUCGAGGCGCGUUCUGCAUCAUGACCGGCGAUGGCGUGAAUGACUCGCCUGCACUAAAGCAGGCCGAUGUUGGUAUUGCGAUGGGCGGCCGAGGCAGUGAUGUAGCUAAGGAAGCUUCUGAUAUGGUUCUUACUGAUGACAACUUCGCCUCUAUCAUCACUGCUAUCCGGGAAGGCCGACGUCUCUCUGAUAACAUCCAAAAGUUUCUUCUUCAUCUUCUGACAUCUAACCUUGCACAAAUCAUUCUCCUCCUAGUUGGCUUGGCUUUCAAGGAUACAUCUGGGCAAUCUAUCUUUCCACUAUCUCCUCUUGAAAUUCUCUGGGCCAACCUUGUAACGUCUUCCCCACUGGCUCUCGGUCUUGGUCUUGAAGAAGCACAGCCGGAUAUUCUCCAGCGCCCUCCACGAGAUCUGCGCAUCGGUAUUUUCACGCCAGACUUGAUUCGAGACCAACUUGUCUACGGAACUGGAAUGGGAUUCACCUGCUUGAUGUCCUUUAUGGUUGUCGCCUACACCUCUGACCAGGGUUUCCACAACCUUCCCCAUGGCUGCAAUGAGACUGCCGGAGGGGACUGUGGCCUGGUGUUCCGAUCGAGGGCGACUACCUUUGCCACCUUCAGUUUCCUUCUCUUGGUCAAGUCCUGGGAAGUAAAACACUUCCACCGAAGUCUCUUCGACAUGGAUGACCGGUGGCCCGGCCCAUUUUCUGUUUUCAAGACGGUGUAUCACAACAAGUUGCUAUUUUGGUCAGUCAUCGCAGGAUUCGCUAUGACUUUCCCUCUUGUGUAUAUCCCUGGGCUUAACACCGAAGUCUUCAAGCAUCUCGGUCUGACAUGGGAAUGGGGUGUCGUUUUUGGCAGUGUUGUUCUCUAUGUUGCUAUCAUCGAAGCCUGGAAGGCUUGCAAGAGACGAUUCGGAUUGGGUGGUUUGAGGUACUCUGACGGACAUGGCAUCGUCUAG